GUUACAAAACCCUAACAACGAAUGCGAAGUAGGCUGCCGCGUCACAGUAUAUAACGUAAAGAAGGCAGCAGAAAACCUAACCUCAGACCUCCCGCACCGCUUCGCUUUCUGCCUCCGAAUCCUCUCUUUCGCAGGCUCUGUCUCUGCAAGUCCAAAAUGUCUCUGGUGGCCAAUGAGGAGUUCCAGCACAUACUGCGUGUCCUCAAUACGAACGUGGACGGAAAGCAGAAGAUAAUGUUCGCUCUCACCUCCAUCAAAGGUAUCGGCCGCCGCUUUGCCAACAUCGUCUGCAAGAAGGCCGACGUCGACAUGAACAAGAGAGCCGGUGAACUAACUGCUGCUGAGCUGGACAAUCUCAUGACUAUUGUUGCCAACCCUCGGCAGUUCAAAAUCCCAGACUGGUUUUUGAAUAGGAAGAAGGAUUACAAGGACGGGAAGUACUCUCAGGUGGUUUCCAAUGCAUUGGACAUGAAGUUGAGAGAUGAUUUGGAACGGUUGAAGAAGAUCAGGAACCAUCGUGGUCUAAGGCACUACUGGGGCCUUCGUGUUCGUGGCCAGCACACCAAGACCACCGGCCGUAGGGGGAAGACUGUUGGUGUCUCUAAGAAGCGUUGAGCUUUUUUCUUUCUUUGUUUUAAACAAUUAAAUAUUUGGUUGGGCAAGCCAGACAUUAUUAGAUUUUUUGUACUGUGGUUGUGGUUGGGUUUUGAACCUUGUAACCCUAUUAUCUUGUUUGCUCAAUUUUGGUUUUUCUAUGGUUCUAUCUAAUUUGGUUGUGUCAAA